UUGGAAAUUAACUUAUAUUAUGAAUAUAGAAACUAGUUCAUGUAGAUUUGCAACUUGUAAAAAAAACCCCCGCUUAACAUUUUACAACCUUUUUAUAAUCGCUCAAAACCGAAGGACGAAGCAUUGCCAUCAAUUAAACGCGUCAAACUUUGUUGUUCCAAGCUAAUUCUUAAAAUAAAUGGCAUGCAGUGUAAACUUUUGUUUGUAAUCGCUAUUUUAUAAAGGGUUAAACUAGUCUUCCCUCGUGGACACAAACUUCACACAGAACUGUCGCGUUGUAGUGACAGCCCACACGAGAAAAGUACAUCAAUGUUUUCCUCUAAUAAUAGUAAAGUAGUAACUAUCGUCGAAAGCGCUCUACGAUGAUAGUUAAAUAUUUUUUUAACGCGGCGAUCGUGUUGUCAUUAGCUCCAUCAUUUAGCUAACAUGGCUACCACAUGAGCAAUUUUACCGUGCGUAAUCAAGUUUUCAACUUUUAGAAAAGAAUAAUUUAUAGUGUUAACAUCGUUUAACAUCUUAAAACUGGUACUCCAGUAGCACAUUUUAAUUGUCGGUUUAUCCAUCGUCUAACAACAUUGUUACUUAACUCACAAGUACCUAGCUCAAAUUGUGAGAUCGACUAUAAACUGACAAAAUGUAAAAAAAAUUGCCAACUUGUGUGAAAGUCCUGCUUAGCCUCGAGUUAUAUAAGGGCUUCAUUUCUUUCUUUCAGAAUCAAUAUUUCGUAUCGAAAUGUACUGCAAACUACUUCUACAAAUGUCUACCAUCAUGACUGCAUAUGUCAAUCUGCACCCGCAGAAAAAUUCCGAGCUCAAAUUCGUGCACAAACCUAAAUCCCCCACUUUAGAACACACUGCAUACACACAAUGUCAGCUUCUAGAAAUGCCAGGUAAAAUGUCAUGAUGAAAUCCCAAAGCAGAUUUGUACCUUAUUGACAUGACAAUGGAGGUGUCGAGGCGACGAACUAUCCAAAAGCACUUGGAGCCUGCAAGACCGCUGCGCCGUCUCCUUCCUGUUGACGUCCGUGGCUCACCUGAACCCAAAAUAAAUCCUGCUUCGUGUGUUCAGACAUUGAUUAACAUCGCAGAUAAACAGACAAACAUUACAGUGGAGCAGUUCCUCGAGAUUGUCAAUCUCCAGGAUGAGAAAAAAGAGAGAUUGUCAUACUCUCGAGAUUUUCUGAUUGGACUUGCGAGUUGUCCUGCUGCCAAGAUGAGGCCGGAGUUUUUACCAGACCACCCCAUAGUCUUACCCAACGCACGAAAGGUCGACUACACCCUGGACUGAUCGCCAGUCGCUGCCUACAAUAGAGAUAGGCAACACUACCACACCACUACAUCAUUGUUUUUGUUUUUUCUUAAUAGUUAACUUAUUUUCUUUACGAGAAAACAUGUAUCAACAUGUAUUAUUGUAUAUUUGGUUGAUGUUUGCACUGUUUUUUUCGUGACAACGCUCAUUAAAGCAUUUGUGGAAAAAUA